CUAGAAUGCAGAAGAGUGCGCUUCAUUUGCGCAUGCGUCAUUAAAUAUUUUUGCGAAGAGACCUCCUAUAGUUACAGUUCUCUUUGAAGCCAGACAUUACCGCGAACAUGUUUGGCUGUGUGGUCGUAGGCGUCGGCAUGGCGGGUCGCGCCCGCAUCCGAGACCUUCUCACACCACUGCCGUCCAGCGCUGCAGAGAUCUUCACUCUUAAGGGCUUGGUGUCUAGGAGGUCACUGGAGGAGCAGCAGGGACUCCAGCAGGUCCCUUUGGAGGAGGCGCUGAGCCGUAGCGACAUACAGGUGGCCUUCUUGUGCACAGAAAAUGCCAGCCAUGAAGAAUAUAUCAGCCGGUUUCUUGAAGCAGGGAAACAUGUGUGUGUUGAGUAUCCCAUUGCUCUCAGCUACAGCGCUGCAGCUGAUCUGUGGGACUCGGCACAACAGAAGGGCUUGGUCCUGCAUGAAGAACACAUCGAGCUCCUCACCCCCGACUUCAAGCAGCUGAAGAAGGACAUCACCGGCAAACAGCUCGAAGAGGGAAGCCUGCAUUUCACAGGGGGUCCUCUCAAGAGCGGAUUCGGGUUCCCGUCGUUCAGUGGCAUCGCCCGCCUCACCUGGCUGGUGGAUCUCUUUGGGGAGCUUAGCGUCAAAUCGGCGUCGCUGCUCGAAGAGCCGGAAACGAAGCAUGUGAAGAUGACAGUCCACUUGCUGACCAGGGAGCAGAAGCCCUUGACCUGGACUGAGGAGCGUGCUGAAGGCCUGAGUCGUGCCAAGCGCAUUAACCUGCGCUUUAGCACCGGCAUGAUUACCGCCAUGCCAUCCGGAGUCCCGGAGCCUGUGGGUCUCUUCAUGCAGGACCUGGUGCUGUUCGGAAAGAAGAUGCAGGGCGCCGUGCCGCCCGACCAACUCCAGGCAGAGAGGAAUCGAAUCCUUCACUGCUUCAAGCUGGCAGACGACAUCAGGAGACUCUGCCAGGACACCACAUCCUAAAACAACUUAGCAACACAGGAACAGGGACCAGGACGGGGAUUUGUUUUAGCCCAUAGAUUUUGCUCUGUCGGUCCAACAUGUAUGUAGCAAGCCUUUGUAAUGAAGAUGUAACCUAUUUUUAUUAUUGCAAUGUAAAAAAGUACAAAUAAUAUUAUUCUCUUAUCACAGAACAAAUUUCUGACACACACACAAAUUCAGUGCACAGUAUUCUAUAUUUAGAUCAAUUACAUAAUAUAACAUAACAUCCAUCUAGCUAUAAUACAAAAUAUACAAUAUUUA